CGUUUGAUAAUGUCAGAAAAAACUGACCGCAAACUGAUUUCAUCAGCAACUCAGCGAUGAAAGCUAUGAUUGGUUAAAAUGUAACUUUGUUCAAUUCUCAUUGAUCAAGGUUCCUUUCCGACUAAAAUGUGAUUGGUCAAGCUGUUCAUCCUGUAUCCUCCCUCUUGAUUAUGCAAACAGAGCAUGUGAAAUAAUAACAAUCGCCCAAAGUUUACUUCGUAUUUAUUCAUUUCCUCCGAUCUAGUUUAUUUAAAAGCUGUUAAGAACUUUCAGUGUUAAGGGAUUUGCGUGUUGCUCUCUAAACUAUAUUCAUUUUUUAACCGUUAGCUGAGGACAUCUGCUGUGCAAUAACAAAACUAACUGCUCUGGACAAGCAUGUUCCCGUUAGACUCGCCCUGGAACAUCUCCUUCGCAGGCUGCGGCUUCCUGGGGAUCUACCACAUCGGUGUGGCCAGCUGUCUGCUGGAGCAGGCUCCUUUCCUGGUGCUGAACGCCAGACACAUCUAUGGAGCCUCUGCGGGGGCCCUCACCGCCACUGCUUUGGUCACUGGAGUGUGUCUUGGAGAUGCUGGGGCAAGCAUAAUUGAAGUCGCCAAAGAGGCAAGGAAGCGGCUCCUCGGACCCAUGCAUCCCACCUUUAACCUGGUGAAGAUUGUCCGUCAGCUCCUGAGGCGGAAUCUCCCCGCCGACAGCCCCCACCGAGCCAACGGGCGACUGGGGAUCUCUCUGACCCGGGUGGCAGAUGGAGAAAACGUCCUGGUGUCUCACUUCAACGAUAAGGAGGAGCUGAUUCAGGCAUGUGUCUGCAGUGCCUACAUCCCCGUGUAUUGUGGCCUCAUUCCUCCCACAUUUCAAGGAGUGCGAUAUGUUGACGGGGGAAUCUCCGACAACCUGCCGCAGUACGAGCUGAAGAACACCAUCACCGUCUCCCCCUUUUCCGGAGAGAGCGACAUCUGCCCUCGAGACACUUCCACCAACAUCCACGAGCUGCGUUUCACCAACACAAGCAUCCAGUUCACCCUCACCAACCUAUACAGAGUCUCUAGGGCGCUUUUCCCACCAAAUCCAAUGGUCAUGAAGGGCAUGUGCAAGCAGGGAUACAAAGAUGCCCUGCACUUUUUAAAGAGAAAUGGAUUGCUUAGUUACACCGGGCCUCAAACAGACAGAGCUUUGCUGGCCAAAAGAGAAGAACGUAAGGCCUGUGAUGAAGGGAGGGAUGAGAAAAACAACAAGGCAGAAGAAAAGCCACAGGUGGAGGCAAAAGUUGAGCUUCAUGCCAGCUCCUCACUAGACGAGCAUACCAUCGAGUAUCUUCCACCUGCCGUGCACAAAGCUCUACUGGAGGCCUGCCUGGAGAGGAGGAGCCUGGUGCAGUCUCUGGGCAACCUGCUCCCUUUCAGGAUGGCAUCGGCCCUGAUGCUCCCCUACACGCUGCCUCUGGAGUCCGCUGUGUCCUUGACUCUCAGGCUUCUGGAGUGGCUUCCAGAUGUGCAGGAGGAUGUGGGCUGGAUCCGAGAGCAGAUACUGAAAAUCCUGCAGCGUCUUCUGAGUCAGGCUUCCAGAAACUUCUCGCAGCACGUGUCUGCCAGGCUGUUCUGCCACCUGGAGCUGCACCAUUACAGGUCCCUCCCAUCCAAGGCCAGCUCCAGCAACCUCUUUCCCGCCUGGAUGAACAGCAGCGGCUCUUCAAUGCAGGACGUGUUCGACCGGUACAAGAACCGGCUGCUGUCUGGGGUUCUCUGCAUCGACAUGGACCUGCAAGGCUCCUUCAAAACCGGUCAGAUCCCACCAGAGACCAGCCGCGUGGCCAGCUUUUUCCAGCAAGACUUUGCAGAACGCAAAGGUUAUUUUAAUAAUCCUCAAGGUGGCAAACCUGCUAAACCUCUGAGCAGAUCUAAGAGCUUUUGGUAGGCUUCAGCUGUGAUCACAAUCCUGAUCCAGGAAGAGUGAAAAGCAAAAGUAGGGCUGAAUUUUCACACUAAGAUACUGUAUGUUAAAGUUGCGAUGUUGAUAUUGCAUUUGAAAUGCAGUCAGCUGCUUUGUGUAGUGUUUGGAAGCAGUGAUGUAGUACUUUGAAAAAUAAUUCAUACCUCCUUUAAGUUUACACCAACACAAAUUGGAUAACUGUGAAAUGGAAGAAAAAUGAAUGGUUUUUGGGCUGCACAGUGGCGCAGUUGAUAGAGCUGUUGCCUUGCAGCAAGAAG